CAGGCAGCCUUCAUUGCCUUCAUAACUUCCAUUAUCUUCAACAUCUGGAGUUACAUUCAUGGUACUAAUUUGGGACUUAACACACUACCUCAUCUUGAGCCAUCGUUCAGUUGCUACGUAAACGGCACGACGAUGAUGAUACAUCAGGCAGCUGCUGAUCAUACGAGUGAACUGCAUCUAUGGAAUGGUUUGUUUUCGUAUCAUUGGUAUGCAUUCUCAGGCUUUGUAGUAGUUAUCGUCAUCGGUAUAGCAAUAGGACUUAUUAGAGGCUGUCGACCCCAUGAAAACCCUGAGCUAUUAUUAAUCAAAUCCAGCUUAAUGUCGUUGGAUUGUAUUCAUGUUGGUACGAAAACAUUUAGGAAAAGAAGGUCCGAAAGGAAUUAUAACCAUGAAGAUGUUCAUAAUCACGAUGAUUAUUAUGAAGAUAAUGACGACAAACAGAGAGAAUUCUACGAAUUGGAAUUGUACCAUCGAUCUCCUUAUCAUCGUUCAACAAACGAGCGGUCGCGAUGGCUUACGGAAGGAAAUCAAUUUUAUGAAUCCAAAUCAAAACAUACUUCUGAUCAAGUGGAAGUUGAUGCAUGUGAAGAUAUAAGUGAGCAACGGUGUCGUCUCAUUGGUCAAUCAUCUUCCAGGGCAAGUAGUACAGACUCGGCAUAUGCUACAGUACGAGGGUUUGAUUUUCGCAGAAUUCAGGAUGUCCAGAAGUACGAAGAGGAACCUUUCAAUGGAAGCAUUCAGAAUUCUGUCGAAUGUAUUGAAGAAAUGCCUAGUAAACCACAAACUGUGGGUAGGUUCAGUGUUGCAGUGGUUCAUGUAGAAAAGGAAUUCGACAAGAAGACACCAGAAAACGAAGAUGUGAACGAAUCACCUUCCUUACAAAGAGCAGGAUCUACAGUUGAUUUUGAGGAACCUAGUAACACACUGAAAAAAGUAACGUUAUCUACAAAUACUGUCUGUUCCUCAAAUAACAUGAAUGACAAUGAUCAAAAUGUUAUUGAAAAAAGCCUCUCGAACAUUGAUAAUUAUGAAAACGUUAACUUUAAGGGACAAACUAAAAAAGCUUUUAAAAUAGAUAGGUUUCUAGUUUCUAAAUGUAACUCUUCUGAACGACUUUUCCAAGCAGCAGAUCCCCACAAAAUACCUUCUGACAUUGCUGCUGAAGUUUGUGGUGAUUGCUAUAGAUACGAUACUAUAAACUUGCCCUCUGGAGAAAAUUCAACAACAAAUAUGGAAGACAGUUUAGUAGAUAGUUCAAAACAAAGACAUCAAUUAUUGGUCAAAGGAAAAGAACUAAGCAAUGCUUCUAACCCAAUGCAACUGUCGACUGAAAAUUGUCCAAACAGAAUGAUGUUGCUUACUGCGUCAGAUAUUGGAGAAUUUGACAACUUGCUUCAGACAAAUGAUGCUGAUAUUUUAAAUCGAGACUUGAAUUAUUUAGAAACUGAACUUUGAUACAAAACCCCAACUAAAACAGCAUGUAAUCGUAAAAUGAUGUAAAAAUAAAAUAAAAUACAAUAAGGAGAAUCUGUAGAUGCAUAAAUGUGACCAUUAACCAUUAACAUAAAAACUAUGCAAUCGGAAAACAAGUCAUCAUGUGAAAAACUGAACUAUAGAAAGGAAUGUGUAUAUGAACUGACGAAUAAAAUUUAAUAAUAUAAUUUUAA